GUAACAGCAGUCAGUCAAGUGCAUUGCAUUCAGUUUUACAUUACUCAAGCGCAUCCCGCUGCAGUGUAAUCUGUGAGAAUAAAGAAAAAAACAACUCAUCCCAUAAUGAACUCGCUGGCUGUAUUCGUCCUGGUGGUAGCCGCCAUUGCCACCGUUAGCUGUGCCCCACAGUUUGGAGCUUCCGGAGCAGGUGCCCAGGCUGGAUCGCAAAGUAUGGGAAUGGGCACCGGAUUUCUACCGCACGGACAUGGAAUGGGAAUGUCUGGAUCGGCUGCUCACGCCGGUGCUCAUUCUCAGUCGAUGGGAGUGGGACACGGACCGUUCCCGGGAGGUAUGGGCAUGAGUGCCUCGGCUGCCAACGCUGGUGCUCAAAGUUUCGGCCAGGGUGGACCAUUCGGAGGUCUCAGUGGAUCUAUGGCCAACGCUGGAGCCCAGAGCAUGGGACAAGGUUUCGGCGGGUAGUUAAAUGAAGUGAAAACGAUUCAUUGAACUGAACUAGUAUUUCAAGUAGUGUGAACUUUUACUACUUGAACAAAAAUGUGCUACGAUAUUGAAAUAAAUAUGAUUAUUUAUUAAAUUCCAGUUUA